GUACCAUUUGAAGGACGCAGUCCUUGAUGGUGGCCUCCCGUUCCAAAGAGCAUACGGGAUGACGUUGUUCGUGUACAACAGCACGAACAUGCACGUUAACAGCAUGUUCAACGAGGCCAUGAAGAACCAUUCAACCAUCAUCACCAAGAAGCUCCUUGAGUUCUACAUGGGCUUUGACAGUGUGGGCACCCUUGUUGAUGUCGCCGGUGGUGUGGGUGCAACCAUCCACACCAUCACCUCCAAGUACCCGCACAUCAAGGGGGUCAACUUUGACUUGCCCCACGUUAUCUCUGAUGCGCCGUCCUUCCCUGGUGUGGAGCAUGUCGGGGGUGACAUGUUCGAGAAGGUGCCCUCCGGCGAUGCCAUCCUCCUAAAGUGGAUCCUUCAUGACUGGACUGACAAGCAUUGCACGAAUCUACUAAGGAACUGCUUUGAUGCACUCCCUGCUCACGGCAAGGUCAUCGUCAUGGAAGGCAUCUUGCCGUUGAAACCAGACUCAACAUCCAGGGGGCAGCUGAUGUUCUUAGGUGACAUGAUCAUGCUCAUGCACACCCCAGGUGGCAAGGAGAGGCAACAAAGGGAGUUCGAGGAGCUUGCAAGGGGUGCAGGGUUCACCGGUGUCAAGACCACUCACAUCUACGGCAAUGCGUGGGUCAUUGAAUUCAUCAAAUAAAUUUCAGUAUUAGCUUCUAGUUGUUGCUCCUAAAAUCCACAAAUGACUUUCGAGUUUCCAUCGUGUUUACUUAAUUUUGAAUCAUUAACAUAUUUUACGUACAUAAUAAAGGAUUUGGUACUUAAGUUGUGCGAGAAAUUGCUAUUUCUAUGUUGAG